AUGUGGGCACGCCGGAUUGGCGCGCCGGCACGAUGUCCAUCGCAAACCCGGGUCAUCAUUCAGAGCAUGAUGAACGGAGCGAUCGGACUGGUUGUCUACCAGUAUAUGGACAGCUUGUCAGCAGGCAAUUUGGAUUACGCUUUGGAGAGUGUUGGUAAGUCAAACCUCACCUGCCUCACUGGCUGGCUCCGCCGGAACGAGCUCACCUCUUGGACACAGUACGAUACGUGGAGCCGAUGGUGGGAGUAUCAAACAGGUGUGGAUGAGUACGUGCUCAACAACACAUGCGUUCCAUUUCCAGUCGAUGCCUACGACCAAAGUUGCAGGGACAUGCGCGUCCCGGUGCAUGAGUUCGAAAACCGUCUCGGGUAUCCGCUCGGUCUGGGUGAGAAGGUGAGCGUCAACAACGAGCUUUUGUAUGCGUUUGCCUAUACAUUUUUAGUACUGGGGAUCCUAAACUUGAUUGGCUUUGCCAUCCACGACCUCGCGCUCCUUUCUAGAUCUCAGCAGAACUAUGUCCUCGAUUGGCCAGCUUUCAAUGAAGGCUUUCCCAUCUUUCGACGGUUCACGAAGCUUUCAGGUAUUACGAUACUUCGAGCUUUGUUCUCGAUCGAGGGCACUGGCAGCAAAUUGGCACUUCUGAUUGGGAUCAUCCUGACCCCAAUCAUUACCGCCUGGGCACUGCUGUUCCUUGUAUUCAUCGUGACACCGGUGCUGCUGCUCUUGUACGUCCGCUAUCCUGUCCGCCUGAGCCGCUUUGCAGUAUUUCUAACACUGAUUGCUACGGCCGUUUUCGGACUAACGAUGGCGAUCAUCCCGCUCGUGUACUUAGUCAAUCUGAACGAGCGGCCACGAUAUGCACUGGUCUUCGAGGUGCAAGACUACCAUCCUGGAACCUGCUACUGCGGCUGCUCCUACUUCAUCAAUGCAGCCAGCCUGGUUCGAAUCUUCGCGAUCGGCGCUGGGGUGGUCUUCACCUCGUGCCUCUCUGCAUUCCGCUGCCUCAAGGGCCUCCGACGAGCACAGUGGGCGAACCUAAUGUCGGUUCUGUUUCCCAUUCCUGUCACCGUCUACUCCGUCUUCUGGAAGACCCCCAAUGACGAGCCAAUUCGGCACAGAAAGGAGGGCGAGCCGGUGCAAUCGGAACUAGCCUUCGAUCCCUUCGCCCUGAUGGAUGAGCAACCGGAAAGCAGAUACAUGACGGUGACCCUGAAGCCUGAGUUCGCGUAUGACGUAGAUGAACAUGGGCGAUGGAAGCCCAUGGGUGACCGCAUGAUAGAUGGGCCGAAGCUGCCGGAGUUGAAGAAGGGCGAGCUUUUCAAGCAGCCGACAGAAGUGAUCGGAUGCUGCGGCUUCCCUUGCCUCACGGGCGGCUACCAGGUCAUAUACGUCAGUGACGACGAGGAAGACCCGCAGGAGCCUGCCUUGCAGCCACUGGGUUCCCUGGCCUCCUUGGAGGGUGGGCUGAGUCCCCAAGUGCUGGGGAUGGAUUCCAUGGACACCAGUGCGGACGACGCCUUGAAGAACGUUAGGUCGAAACACACUGCCGCGUCCAAAAACACUUCCGGCCCCAUGACUCGCAGGCCAACUAAGCUGUUCUGUGUUCUGUGA